UCAAUCCUUCGUUCUUUAUUUCCUUUCAUCUUUUGGAAACCUACAGGCGACGACGAAAUCCGAUCGUCUUCGAUUGCUCCGUUCUGGCUUCCAAUUUGUACCCUCUGCGUGUCGGACAUCAAGUGGAAGAAGAGGUCUCAUGAACUGCGAAACUUUCCAACUCAAGGAACUGGUGGUGGAGCCGCUAGAGAUCCGAGAGGUGCUUCGCUGUUUAUUACACACUAUUGUCUUCCAUAGAGCAUUGGGACUUGUUCGACCCAAGGAUAUUGAGUGUGAACUUUUUGAGAUCACAUAUGUUCAAUGUGGAGAUCAUGAACUAGAUAAGAAAAUAGAGGAAAAGACGGACCAACUCAUUGCUUGGGUAGAGAAACACCCAAACAAAAAAAGCCAGAUAUGCUUGUCUUUCUAUGAAGUCAAAAACAAGCAUGCUUCAUGGUUUGGAAACAGAACUGAGCGCUUUUAUUGGGAGCAGUGGUAUAUUAAUUUGCAUGUCUUAAACCCUAAAUCACAUACUAAACCUCACAAUUCGAAAGCACCAUUAAGCACCGGAGAGAACACAUCUGAAGAAGGCAGCUCAAGACGCACUGCUUUAGAAUCAUCAUUACGAGAAGUCCUAUUUCAAAUAAUAAGAUUUGUGAAUGAGAAGAAAGACCACAUUCCUCCAGUUCAGAACUCUGAAAUCAUUUCAUUUCCAUAUGAGAUCUCAACCCCAAGUGCAUCAGACUCUUCCUUCGGUUGGCAUGCUGAUGUUCUCAAGAGGAUGCUACAGACUGGGCAUCCAUCCAUGCUCAGUUGAUUAUAGCUUGUGUAGAUAAACUAUUGUGGCUAGCAGAAGGUUGCUCUAAUAUUUUUACUAAGUGGUGUUGCUGAAGAAAAAUGACUUAUCUUUCUUUAAGUUCCAAGUAUGUAAUCUUGUACAGCAUCGCCAGUUACAUGAAAGAUACCUGUACAAGUAAUGCCCGCAUCUCAGUGUGAUUAUCAAUGUUAACUUGCGAUUCAGAAUUGAGUAUGGCUAUCAGUAUCGACUUGUGACUUAGAACGGGACGUGUAAAUAUUGAUUUCCUAAUGUUAAUUGUCUUUAAACUUGUUUACAGUGA